UUCUCAAAGUUGGCUGAAACCUACCCAGCUCUCGGCGCUGGAAGCUGUCAAAAAAGCGCAGGAAUAAGUGGGUGCUGUAAUUUGUUCCGUUUUAUUUGUGAAGCGCACUUUCUUGCAAAGAUCGUGGUAUGUGAAAUUCAAUAUUUACACUUCGUGUAUUAACCUCAGAAUAUCAGUGAAAAUGCCGCCAAAGUUUAGACGAUAUCUCUCUGAAGAAGAUGUCACAGAGGCUGCUGAGCCUGAAAAGGAAAAGCUAUUGCAAGAUGAAGAAGAUGAAGAUUUUUUCCUGAAGGGACCAACAUCAAGUGGGAAAACUCUUACGAUCCAAGAUAAAAAACUGCGAAGGGUUCAAUUUCAAGUGGAUGAAGUCUCAAGCAUCAUGAAGGACAACAUCGAAAAAAUUAUGGAGCGAGGAGAAAGGUUGGAAGACCUUGAAGAAAAAUCAGAUUCUCUUGCCACAAAUGCUGACCAGUUUUGGUCGACGGCAAAGAAGAUGCAGAGUCGGAUGUGGUGGCGUAACAUGAGGGUGAAGGUACUACUGGUUCUAGUUGUCCUGGUGAUUUUGCUAAUCAUAUUUGUGCCGAUAAUAGUGCGGAACUCCUGAAGACAUUUGUGCAGACAAUGGUUGAACAUUUUCACUAUCAGCAAUGUUGUAAAUUUGUUGCUUGAAUUCAUAGCCUGUAUGUACCAAGGUAUCUUUGUACUUAUACAUCUAUUACUUUAUUUUUUUACUUGUAGAGUUUUGCAAAUGUUGGUUUUCUAUGACAGCCCACAGGUAUAUUUUUGGCAACUCAAUGUUGGCAUCUAUCUUUCAGUGCAUUUUGCAGAAUUGCUGUUUGUUGAAGUAUGCAGCAAACUAUCUAGUCGUGUCUUGGCACUGUAGCUUUGAAAUGGCGAAAUUGUUUUCUGAAUACUGAUGUGUUAAGUUCAAAUGUUUAUUUAUUGAUUACUUCAUUAAAUACUGAGUGACAUAGCUAUUGACCAACAAAGCAUUGCUCAUGCGCUGUUCUUAGUGCACAUUAUCUGCUUUUUCCAAAAUAUUUUUUAAAUACUUGCUUGUUCGAUGAUUUGUAUUCAAAUGGCCGAACACGGAAGAGUCUCAUGACCAGUUCUCAUGGAAAACUUAUUUGAAAAUAUGCAGGUGUGCAACCGCUGUGCCAAUUGCACCAAUUUGAUACAAUUCUCUGUGGUUGCACUGAGCUGCGCCACAACCAUGAAAUUUGAUGAAAUUACGCUGCGCUGUGCCAAAAUGCUUGACCAGCCUCAAAAUUUUCUCAGUUGCAAUGAUGGCAGCGAGAAAUGGAGUGCAUUUGCCACCUUCACUUUGCUUCACUUAUCAAACCAAGCGCGCAGAUUGUAUACCCCUAAACCACAGUGUAAGUUAUAUACUCGUUAAGUGAGAACAGUCACAAGACGUGAUCGACCAGAUAAAGUAUAAGAUGAAGAAACAACGCCACGCGCCCAUCGAUCCGCUGACCACAGUGGAUACCUGUCGGCUGGACAACGGAACUUCAAGCCAAAGAAAAAUGCAUUGCCGUGGCCAUCAAUGCUUCUCGAGAAAUAUGAAUUUUCCGAGUCAUCAAACGUGCUUACCACAUGUUAGGAACGUAUGCCGCGCUUUUCACGUGCGAACAAGGUCGACGUGCUACUAACGCCAUCGUUGCCAGCCACCACAUUGGUUGCCAUAGCAACAACACAUCAACCAUUUUUCUGGCUUGAAGUCGCGUCAACCCGGCUAUAGAUACCCUACGCCGUCGCUGGGCAAAUGGCUGCGCACAGUUGUUACUUUAUCUGGUUGAACGCACCUUGCAAGCGAGCUGAGAAGUUUCGCCCUAAACCUAACCACACCGUGAGAGGAAAAAAGAAGAGGGGGAGGGGCGGGUGUAGUGGUUUAAAUUGCUUGGCCUUGUUCUAACGUGCACAGAUCACUGCCUAAGCCACCUUCGCCGCAGUAAACAGGUGUCCCGUGGAAAAGUGUAAUAUAAUUUGGGAUGGGCUCUUAGCGUUAGUCACGGAACAGAGCACAUUUUGUUCAAUUACUCAUGCGAGUAUAUGUUGCAUAGUUCUGAGUACUGGUAUGAUCGCUGAUGUCUAAAAAAGGUACUGGCACUUAUUAAAACGCCGAAUCAUAUUUCUGCUGCCCUAAAAGAAAAAAAAAACUUGUGCGCCAGUUUUUUUUCGCCACCCCUACUCUUUGGUUUUAAGAAUCUCCUGAAUUCGAAGGCCGCCAGCUAGGCAGAGCCACAUUUGAAUAUGCAGAGUCUGUCAAAGAAUUUGACAGGCGUGGCAAAUGCUGAUGUGUACUUCAUUGUUGUCUCAGUGGGGUAAUUCAGAAUAUUAGUUUUUAUUGAAAUUGUAGUGCUCAUGUUCACUCUGCAUGAUUUUGGUGGGUUACAUGGUUGGUACAUAUAUUUUUAUUCCAAGUGUAAGCCUUCUUUUUUACAUUGCUCCAAAUGCGGUCUUUCAUGAUAGAAAAGUUUUUCUUCAAAAUAUAUUUUGGCUGUUGCACCCAUGAAUAGCAAAGAAUUUUAAUUACGGUACUAUAAGAAUGUGGUUUUAGCAACCACAGUUUUGCGAUGCAAGUGCAGAAUCUUGAAGCUUCAUUGGAGAACCUGCCUUCUUUACUAUAGUUAUGCUUUCACAACUCACCAUAGUAAACUGCAUAGACCUAACAUUACUUUGCAUCAAGCAUUUAUUUCUGAGAACAUGCCCAUAAAACAUGCCUGAAGCCUGUAGUAUAAAAUAUAAUAAAAAUAUCAGUGUCA